AUGUCAAUUAUUAGAAAAAUGUUUACUUGGUUACAAUAUCUAAAAGAAAGUGUUAUAUUUAUGUUAUAUAAGAAAGAUCAUAUAAAAAUAUAUGAUUUAGAUUAUGACGUAGAAGAUCCAAUAUUAAGAAAGGCAAUUCGGAAUAGAAAAAGAAGAGUAGUAAAAUUUUUAGAUGAUCACAUUAUACAUUAA